UUUGAAGCUUUUUUUCCUUGUUCUUUCUUGAUUCUCCCCUUGGUCUCCCUUGGUCUCCUUCUUUUUCUUUUUUUUUUCUUUUUUGCCCUUUUGUUAUUUCCAACUCUGAUCAGAAAGAUUUUUCUUUUUCCUCCUCGUCUCCCCUAUUUCUUUUUCGAAAAAAAAAGUUUGAUCAUAUAUUCCAUUUCUGGGACAGAGAAUGCGGGAUUCUUUGUUAAAAAUGUUUGGUUCAGUGAAAUUGGUACAAGAGAUAUCACGGACGAACCAAACCCGGACCUCGUCUGCAUUCAAACGAUCAGAAGAAGCCAGCACGGAAUCAUCCGUACCGGUGGUACCUCGUUCGUCUGAUCCGGUCCCAAACAUCACCACACUUCACCAUGUAACGACGGCGACCCCUACUAAUAUGACUGUUACGGCCACGUCUGCACCCGUCAUGAAAACCCUCGCCGUACCAUUAACCAUCAAUUCGCCUUGUCUUGCCCAAACCACCCGACACAGCUUUAGCUCAUUGAAGCAUUCCACUCGAAAAAGCACCAAAUACUCUUUACGUCACUACCGUCCGAGACAACCUUCGUUUACCUAUCCUCCGUCUGUCGCCACCACCACCACCAACACUACCACCAAGUCAACGCUUUCUCCAAAUCCUGCCCCCGGCAACAGUGAAAAAUCCAAAUCACAAAAGUUACUAUGCCUUUGGCCGUUACCCAUCACCACACGCUAUGUAAUCUGUCUAUCUAUUCUUAUAUCCACGCUUAAUUACUUCAACUGGCUUCAUCUCUCGUGUUCCUCGCCAUCCCUCGUCUUUCAUCGCUUCGAGGUUUUCAACUUGUUACUAUCACCCUUUCUCUUCAACUGGUCACUUCACUCCAUCUUGUUCUUCGGAUGGAACGUGCUUAUCCUCGGUCUCUUUGAAGAAUCGCUCACCCAUAUGCUGGGAGGUACUCGUCGAUUUGUCCAAACGUUCACUGGCGUCAUUUUUGCCGUGUGCACGCUCCGCCAGAUCAUUGGUUAUGUAUUUUGGAAAUCCACUGGCUGGGCGGUCCCCGUCCUCUUUUUCAGUGAUUCCGUCCACGAAUGUAACCAAGGAUUAGCCCCUUUUUUAUUCGCAUUGUUGGUGGUACAGUCACUAAGUAUUGACGAUAAAUACAUGUUGAUUUACGGCAUGGAGGAUUCGAAUCACAAGUUGACAGUGCGAAAGGUGACGCUUCAGUUGUUGAUGUUGUUGGUCAAUUUUGCUGUCAAGAAUAUCUUUUGGUGGUCAUUGUCCGGAAUUCUUACCGGUGGCUUGGUCACACUGAUGGUGCAAGUGGGUUUGACGCGACAGAAACGAGAAGAAGUGCCGGACGUGAAGGAUGUGAAUGAGUUGUUGACCUUGGAACGGUAUCGACGCAUGCCACUGUGGCGCAUCUUAUGGUCGGCGGUCAAGAAGGGCAGUGUGGUGCUUCUGCUGACCUUGCCCGUGCUUAUGCUCUGCAACAUGUACUAUACGCAGCAGACGUUUGUCGAGCCUUCGGCAUUGAACGCCAUUUCCGACGAUCGCUACAUGUUCACGUUUAUCGUCAUGACAGCCCCGCGUCGUGGCAACCCGCCGUUCCUGAGCCAAACGUUGGAAUCUUAUCUCGCCAACUGGCCCGUCGAUCCUCCCGCGGGAUCGUUGUACAGUCGAAUCCAGACCAUCGUGUAUACCCAUUUUACGCAUCACGAACAAUUUGAUAUGGCCAGGGAUCGGUUUGCCAACGAUCCAAAGGGACAGCAGUAUCUGAAAUGGGUGCGCGAAGAAGGCAGCCAGAUGAAUCAGCGAUUGCACGUGUCGAAAGCACUCAACUUGGUGACGGACAAUUUUCCCAGCACUUACGUGACGCUCGUAGAAGAUGAUUUCCCCGUGUGUGGAUCCAAAGAGUGGAAACAAAUCGAAACCGUCGUAUACAAUGCCAAUCAGCGUGUUCCUGAUCAUUGCGGUGUCUUUGUUGGCACAGGUGGCAGGUAAGGAUCCAACAACCGGUGAUGAACCGAUAAUUAGAAAAAAAAAGGAUGUAGCUAACGCUCUGAAUAGUGGUCUUUUCCUUAAACCUAAAAUUGCUCGGGUCGUAUCUCGCUUACUGCUCAAAUACGAGGACAUGCCGCCGGAUAUUAUUAUUCAAAAAUGCCUGCUCGGCGAACUGCCGGAAUGCGCCGAAUGCAGCCAGUCAUUAGUCACCAGCAAAACAUUGCUAAUGUAUCACAUUGGAUUCAAUACUUCCACCAGUGAUGAUCGUUCCUAUAAAAAAUCCGAGUUCCAAUGCGGUUGGCGCCAUCCCUUUGUAAGUACCUUUUUUUUUCCAAUCAACUGACGUGUGGAUUCUGGAAUUUGACAACUG